UGCAGAAGAUAGAGCUUCAGUAGGCUUACUUUUGUUAUAGAAAUAAAUAAGAAAGAAAUUACAACCAAAAAAUUAGUAGUGCAUAUUUAGGCGCAUAGAUAGAAACGCUUCCAUAUUAGCCAAUCCCAUGUUGUUUUUUUAAGUGUUCGAACCCGGAGCGAGACAAUUCCACAUAGAGUAGAUAAUAAAUGCACAUCUAAAAUACGAAUUCACUUCCAGAUGGAUUGACAGCCGACCAUCUAAUAUCACAUCACUAUGCCAUCCUUAGUGAAAUCGUUAGAUCGGUUAAUACUACAACAUCGCUAGCUCGUAGAUGCGGACUUAGUGUUAUGUUUAUCUUCAGGCGCAUCUGGAAUACCCAUCUGCGAGGCUGACAACGAUUUUCUCCCUUAUCUAUUUAUAAAAUCUUCACUCAGCACUCAUGACUCGUCGAACAGAUCCGUGCCUUUUAUCAAUCGCAUCGUUGGACCAAAAGUCAGAUAUGGAAAGAUAUAUAGCAGUAAUAAGUAAAUCGAAUCCUUAUUUAGACCUAUUCUCAACUACGUAAGAAUUAUUAUACGAGCUCUGAACCGGCAAGAAAACGAAGCGAAAACUAGUAAUUUAAUAUUCAUUAUGGCAGCGUGGAAUCUACGAGGUUGGCAAACUGAUACUCUUAAAUCUUUGUUCUCAUAUCAUAUCAUCGGCUAUAAUUGUCAGCCAAGAGCUCGGCUACGAGGACUGAGAAAGGUCUGGGAUUUUCGGUAGUGCAAACUCUGAAGUCAUUACUAGACGAUACUUCAGUCAUUCACUGUCCAGCUGGGUCAACAACUGGAGUUCUGCGUUCCGCUAGCAUUGAAGACAUGACGCUUGCUAAUUGAACUUCACUUUUGGUCGCUAGUUGUUUGAGCACUGACCGGCAGCAGCCGGCGUAAAAUUUUGCGCGCGCUUCUUUCGCCGGUUUAUUCUUGAGGACUCCGCGGUUAGCUAGCACUACCAAAGCGUUACAAUCAAACCAGCCCUCGCUCACGGUUGCCUGUGUGUUUGCCCGUCUAGCAACAGAACGGUGUUCUUGUCUGGUGUUCCGGUCCUUCGUAUCGUCUGCUCGUAAUCACAACAGUUAGGAACUUUUCGCCGAUCAACAUGGCUGACACCUCGACCGCUGCACUUUGCCAAGCCGUUAAAGGAUUUCUUGCUGGUGCAGACCUCACGACGAUCAACAAAAAGAAAGUGCGCGAGCACCUCAACGAAACGUUCAACUACGAUUUCUCUGACCGCAAACAGGAAAUUGAUAAGAUCCUCAUGGAUGCGCUGACCGAAGCUGCCGAGAAGAAUCAGGAGAAUUCGGAACAGUCAGAUCAAUCGGAUGACGACGAGAGCUCAAAGAAACGGGCGCGUAAGGCGACGACAAAGAAGCGACCGAAAGACUCUGAGUCUGACGAGGAUGAUGGUGAUGACGACUAUGACGAUGAUUCGGACGAUGGGCAUAAAAAGAAGAAGCGAACCUCGAAUGGCUCCGCCAAAGGCCGUAAGCCAGCGGGAGGUGGCGGAGGUAGCGCUGCGGGCGGAAAAGGUGGGAAAACGACGGGCUACCUCAAAAAGCUUAAACUGUCUGCAGAUCUUGCGGAGGUAAUGGGCGAAGACCAUAUGGCACGCAACGAAGUCGUCAAAAAGAUGUAUGCAAUAGUUAAGGAGCGUGACCUGUUAGAUCCGAAAAACCGCCAGUUCGCCAUCCUUGAUGCGCAGCUGCAGAAGGUUUUUGGCCAAAAACGAAUUCGGAUGUUCGGCAUGAUGAAGCUUCUUGGCAAGCAUUUCUCAGCUAGCGACUAGAAGGAACUAUUAAGGCGUUGAAUGAAGAUAUUUACUUAGAUAGCCGAAGGAAUUGGACACAGCCCAGUUGCAAUUGAUAGUGCUGUUCGAUCAACAGAUUCGGCGUUUCCACCCAUUGUAAAGUGAACUACGUGGCCCAUAUGGAUGGUAUCUUCUUAUCCGUUGAAUCUUCACUAGAGGAAAGUGCCUCCGUUCACGCAGUAUUUGUCGUGGGAAGGGGGGGGGGGGUAUCUCUCAUGGCAGUCCUUCGAAGUGGAACUGGUAGAGGGAGGUUGAAAAGGCAGGAGAAAGAAAGAUGGCAUUAUUUAAAAUGGCCGGUCUGAGGCGCAGUCAUGUUGUCUCAGUAUUUGGGGCCUUUUUUAAAUUUUAUUUUUAUUUAACCGGCUUUUCGGUCACGUAUUGACUGGCGGUACCAGCUUGUCAUGUUUCCUAUGAGUGCUAAUUAUGUUAUGUAGAGUGACUGAAUGGUCAAUGCAUGUAGAAAACGUAAGUAUGACUGGCAGAUGGGGGUAAAGGCACAACUUAUCCAACGAUGACGGUCUUGAAAAGUGAUCGAUAGCAGUUGAUGCCAACAAAUCUCUUAAUGAACUCUGCGCGGCAGGCAACCAGAAGAAAAUGUAGGUGAAUUUGAAUUUAACAUAAUAUACGUUAAUAGGAACUUGAACUAUAUAAAUAACGAGGCGCACUUUGAAGAUACUAGAGAUACAAAUAGAUCGGCCUUAGAGGGAAAGUCCCACAUUUUAUUUUAUUAAAUUGUCCUAUCUUUAAUCUACCUGAACAAUGAAUUUGUGUUAGUAAUAUGGCAGAUUUAUUGCUAAGUAGUAGCAUCGGGAAGGAACAAUUAAAAGCCAUAUUAAGCUCUCGUAACUGGGAAUUCCUCAAAUGUCUCUGGCACGAAGAAGCGAUGUACACAUGAAUGCAAACA